AUGGAUCAGCUUUGGACCCUGCAGCCCAGCCUCAUCCUCUCCCUCCACCAACUUCUGCUGCAUCCAGUAUACUACAAGCAGCAAUCUGGUGAAUAUACACUAAUGACGAACCACGCUGAAUUGCUCAUGGUCGGCAUGAGCGCAAAGACAUUUCGCAUUGGCAAUAGGGUGGUUAAAGUAUGUAACGUACUUCCGGAAGAUCCAGCUAUAACACAACAGAAUCUAGCAUGCUGCGAGACGGAAGCUCUUGUGUACCGAAUACUUGAGGAACACCCCCGGAUUGCUCGUUGUCACUCGAGCAAUCCGCCGCUGGGAUUGAUCGAACUCGAAUUCUAUCCAAACGGCAACAUAAAAGCUUACCUCGAAAGGAAAGACUCGAAAACACCAGAAGCUGAUAAGAAACGCUGGGGUAUUCAAAUGAUCGAGAGUAUCUCCUACCUCCAUUCAAAAGGCGUCAGACACGGAGAUCUUCGAUUAGAACAGUGGCUUUUGGACGACGAGCAGAGUGUCAGACUCUCUGAUUUCAACGGCUCGGGAUUCGAUGCUCAGCCGACUCUUGCCCUCAAAGAGAGGCCAGCACUGGGGCUCGAAUGUUCAAGCCAUUGGCUUCCCCGACCCAAUGCCGUUGACAGCUCUGAACAGACUGAUCUUUUCGCACUGGGCUCGUCACUAUAUGAGCUCGUGGUUGGUGAAAAACCCUUCGCAGGGAUCGACGACCAGACGAUAGAAACAAGAUACGAACAAGCAAUCUUUCCAAACACCGAGGGACUUUUAUUUGGUAGAGAAAUCUCCAAAUGCUGGCACCAGGAGUUUGAGAACAGCAAGGAAUUAUUGAACGCCGUGACGAACACACUCAGCAGGAAAUAA